AUGGUUUCGGGCACGGGGCCGGAGCUUGUCAGAGCCAGGCAGGGAACAGGGCUUCCCUUCGUCAAGCUAGGCUUGGCCCUUGUCAUGGUGCUUGCCCUCCUCGGCUCCCUUUAUUGGACAUAUCCAUCUCCACCUUGUCUCAGGUUCCCCAUCAACCGGGGCCACCGCCGUCUGCAGGAGCUGCUUGUCUCGGACCUCUCGGAGAUCGGUGAGCUGUCGCUUGGUUCCGCCAAGUUGAGGGAGCUUGAAUUCUGCUCAUCUGAGUAUGAGGAUUAUGUCCCAUGUUACUGCAAUGUUUCGGAGAGUUUGGAUGCCGGAGAUCCAGAUGGAACAAUGGAGUAUGAGCGCCAGUGUGUUCGGGAGUCUGCCAAGGAACAUGGCUGUUUAAGUUUCGCGCCGAGGAAUUAUAGAAUUCCCAUUAGGUGGCCGAGUGGGAGAAACUUCAUUUGGAAGGAGAAUGUGAAGAUCACUGGGCUCGAGUUCUCCUCUGGGAGCUUGACAAAGAGGAUGAUGGUGGAAGAAGAGCAGAUCUCGUUUCGCUCGGACUCCCUUAUGGUUGAUGGAGUAGAAGAUUAUGCACAUCAGAUAGCAGAGAUGAUUGGGCUGAAAAAUGAGUCUAAUUUUAAUGAAGCAGGGAUUAGAACUGUCUUAGAUAUAGGGUGCGGCUUUGGUAGCUUUGGGGCACACCUCUUCUCCAGACAGUUGCUGACUAUGUGUAUUGCCAACUAUGAGCGCUUUGGUAGUCAAGUCCAAAUUACUCUUGAAAGAGGCAUGCCUGCUAUGAUCGGUUCUUUUGCAUCAAAACAGUUGCCAUAUCCAUACCUCUCUUUUGAUAUUGUGCAUUGUGCAAGAUGUGAGAUUGACUGGGAGAAGAAAGGUUUGCACUAAAUUAUGUAAUUGCUCUGAAUUUACUAUUCUUGGUUGAUUGUACAUAUCUCCUAUUUACUCUUUCCACAAUGUAUCUGGGCCACAAUAUUCUUAAUUAACCAAGCUUGACCAGAUGUUUUUUAUAGAGUCAGCUACAUGAUUAUGAAACGUAAGUGAUUGAAAAUACUCUGUGAUCAAAAUAGCCAUUUAGUUUAUUACAGGACAAAUUCUGAUGUCAAAUCGUAUUCAGAAGUAUUCCUGUUAGAAUAUAGGAAUUAGGUUCCAGAGAAUUGAUGUUUAAGUUGGACAAGUGUAG